GCGCCGAGGACGAACGUUUCUACGUGAUCACGGCGAUUCUCUCAAUGUCCGUCUUUUGCGCGAUAUUCGUGCCGGCAGAUUUUUUAUCAUUUAGUCGCCGUUCUAAUAUUCGUUAGUCAAUUGCAAUUCUAAUAUCUUAGGCGCGACAAGCCGGUGCGCUACGGAAAGGAGGUUAUAUCGAUUUUUGGACUUUAUCUUUACGUGUUGCGCAAUACCAGCAGAUGCGACGUAAGAAUACGAUUUCCAAGAACUGUCAUUGCCACGUCUAAUUGCUUAUCAACAGUCGUCGUAAUCCGCGUCGCGCGAAUCAGUACGUACAGUGUGCAAAAACAAGAAGUGCAACGGUGCAGUGGAAGUGCUUAUAAGAAGCUUGUAAGCAUCAAAAUGCUUCGUCAUAUCUGUCAAGUGGUAUCGCCGACGAUCUCGCGAGCAGUUAGAACACGCACGACACACGCCAUGGCUGACGUUUUGACAGCGCGCGUUCCCUUCUCAAAGGAUUUCUUGUUUCGCCAGUUUUUCGAUCCAAUAUCCAGCACGUAUACGUAUCUGUUGGCAGAUAUCAAAGAUAAAGAAGCGAUUUUAAUCGACCCUGUUAUCGAAUGGGCUGAGCGUGACAAACAAAUAAUCGAGGAACUAGGCUUAACAUUGAGAUAUGCCUUGAACACGCACAUGCACGCGGAUCACAUCACCGGCACAGGUCGGCUGAAGACGCUGUUACCCGACUGCAAGUCGAUGAUAUCGUCCUCGAGCGGCGCCGAGGCCGACGUACUCCUGGAGCCGUUCGAUCUCGUCCGAUUCGGCAGGCACCACCUGGCGGUACUGCCCACCCCAGGUCACACCGAAGGUUGCAUCACGUACGUUUGCGACGAGCAGGCAAUCGCGUUCACGGGUGAUGCACUCUUGAUACGGGGAUGCGGCAGAACUGAUUUCCAGGGUGGAUCCGCUGAGACCCUGUACAGAUCCGUUCACAAAAUGAUCUUCACGCUACCGCAGCAUUACCGAUUGUAUCCUGCGCAUGACUACAACGGCAGAACCGUCACCACCGUGGCCGAGGAGAAAGCUCUCAAUCCUCGACUGUCUAAGUCGCUGGAAGAUUUCGUCCGAAUUAUGAACAAUCUCAACCUGCCUUACCCUAAGAUGAUCGAUAAAGCCGUGCCGGCAAACAAAGUUUGUGGUUUGUUCGAGGUUGAAGAGAAAAAAGACAAACAGUGAGAGAGACCAUUGACAGCGUAGCAAUCAAUGCGACGAGUGGCAUACCAAUAUUGUAGCUAUUCUUGAUGUAAAUAAGGUACAGUAUCGAAGCAGUUUACGCUUAUACACACGAUGAGUUGUGCAAUUAUUCCCGACUUUAUACGCAUAUGGUAGCCGGUACUUUUAAUACUUGAGAAAGACUCGGUUGUACAGUUGCUCUUUCUGUGUUUGUAUAUAUCUAUAUUAAUAUGUUACAUGUAAUUAAAUUAUAACUAAGAGAGUUUCUCAAAAGCGAUGUAAUUUUUUGCCAUUCGUUUGCGCGAGAUUAUUUUUAUCCGCGUUUAUGUCUGCGUUAUUUAAGACUUUCAGACUAGAGUCUACAAGUGCAAAUUUAUAUGUCAAACGUUCACAGGAGACCAGCUUUUGUUAUGACUUCUUUUACGAAAUUAUUGUAUAAUUGUGAUAUCUCGUUUACCGAUCUUUUUUUUUCUUUGUCCACCGUAACCUUUUAUUGCAACGAUAUAAAAGCGGAAUGCAGCUCUGGUUAAAGGAAUAUCUUAUGUACGAGGCUUUAAUGAGUUGACAUGCGCGUUUUAUACGUUUAUACGUUUAUACGACCGUGCGUUCUUCGAGUGACACUAUAUGUAUAUAAAAUAUACGACUCAAAUAACCCAG